GGAAAAAAUUUUUCAGAAAUUUAUGGGAGAAAGUCCCAGAGGAAUUCCUUUCAAAGUAGAACAAUCCAAAAAUAAUCGCAAUGUCGCAAAAUAUCGCUCUGGAGCGUCCCUUUCCGUGUUAAAUGAUAAAAGAGCUCUAUAUAAAAUGAGAGAUGAGGGAAAUGAAAAAACUGAGGGAAGUGUAGAGGUUGGUGCUAGGAUGGUGGAAUGAGCUAUAAAAGUUCGACAGCCGAUGGUUUUUGUGUCAGUGGCCAAAGGAAUGAGGAGGAAUGUGGAAAUAUAGGCUCUCGACCAAGACAAAAGAAAUGGGGAAAUAUAGUGGGAAGAAGCUAGAAGAGUAUAAAAAGAGAAGAGAAAGGGAAGAGACUGAGAGG